AUGGCGGAGAACGGGCAGAAGGGCGGCGAUGGCCUAGUAGCUGAAAUUGAGAAAAAGAUUACAGAAGCUUUUGAGGUGUUUGACCGUGAAUCCAAUAAAACUGUGGAUGUCAGGGAGAUUGGUUGCAUUGUCAGGUCACUGGGUUGCUUCCCAAAUGAGGCAGAAGUACAGGAACUGAUUGCAAAGAUAGAAGUAGAAGAACCGGGUGGAUUCGUUCAUCUGGAAAAAUUUCUUCCAGUGAUGACAAAAGUUCUACUUGAUAGAAGAUUCCGACCUAUUCCAGAAGAUGUUAUUCUACAUGCAUUUGAGGCUUUGGAUGAGAAUAAAUGCGGAUAUAUUACCAAAGAGGACCUGGUCAAACAUUUGACUGAAGAAGGUGAGCCCUUUACUCAGGAGGAAAUGGAGGACAUGCUUGCCGCUGCUCUAGAUCCAGAAACAGAUGUUCUUCACUACAGAGAUUACCGUACAAAGCUGGUAGUAGACGAAACCAAGACCUUCCCUUUUAAUAUCUGA